UGCACACCGCUACUGAAGAGAUAUGCUAGAGAACAAAAUUUUGGGAUUAACAGAGACACUGGACAAGAAAAAGGUAGAGAUAGACUCCUUAAGAAAGCGGGUUGCCGUGAUAACCAAGGAAAAACAUCAUUUUGAACAGCAGGCAGUAGAUCUUCAGAGUGAACUAGACAAAAAGGCUAAGGUACUCCGGGACACACUGUCCAAACUGAGUGAAGCGGAGAGCGCCCUCACAGAGAUGGAGACGACAGCAUCCCAGCAGCUUCAAAUGCUAGCCAGCCAAUCAGAGACAGCAUUAGAUGCCGCUCAUGUUAAAUUCAAGCAGCUCCAAUCUAGAGUCCGUGAGCUGGAAGCCUUCAUUGAGGACUUAGCAACUGAAUUCUCAUCACAAGCUCAGGCUGCCCUAGACCAGGCCCUAGCGAAGAGUUCCAGGACCCCAACCCCUGGACCAGAGCCUGAGAAGGACCAGUCCAUGAUAAGAGCCCAGUCCAUUGCAUCAUCCAUCCUCAACAUGAGCACCAAAGAUCUUGAACAGUUCAUGGAAGAAGAGAAGGAACGGGAGGCCAUUCAACCGAUAAAGCUGCCUUCUCAUGACCAGGACUCCGAGUGGCAUCAACAGAUAAAGUCACUUCUCAAUUCAAAGAAAUUUCAAAGGAAGAAGUUGAAGGAUAUGCUAAUGGAGAAGUUACACUCACGAGAUGAAGCACUUGCUUUGGCCAGAGGAUCAAGAUGACAAAAGAGAUGAAUCAGAUAUAGUUUCUUACUAAUGCGCAUAGGACGGUGUGUCUCUUCGCUCUCCUACAGGUGUUCCUUUUCCAUUCAGUUCUACCCUGGGCUAGGAGUCCCACAUCUCAUCUUGCUUGGUCCCUCCAUCUGGAAGGGGACGUCUUGGUGGUCUCCCCUUGUCAAAGUCAUUUCUUUAUGCCUGAACUGGAAAGCGGUUUUGUGACCUACGGCAUAUGUGCCUAUAUCCACGUCAGGCGGUUUUUAUAUAUAAUCUCCUGAUGUCCGCAUAUCUGACUUUGUCCAAUAAAUGUACACCUAACAUGGUGCAAAUGCAUCUUAAUUUCAAAGACUGCAAACCUAUCUUAGUCCACGUUUCUGCACCAUAUAAUGCAAUAGGAAGAAUGAGGGAUUUGUAGAUCCUGAUCUUUGGACGUUUUGGUUGGACCAGAUGUUGCUUUUUAGCCUCCCAAAUGCCCAGGCGGCUAAGGAUAUGCGACGUUUUACGUCAUUCUCCACUUCCGAGGAAGACAAAAGAAUAAACUUUGUGAUUUAGGGUAAUGUCACAAUGGUCAUCAAUCUUCAUCCCAUUUUUGGCAGGCCUUCUCCAGGGCAUCUGUUGUGAGUUGGAGUUUUUCAAAGACAAGUUCUAAAAGCGUGGUAUCGUCGUCAGCAUAUCUGAUGUUAUUAAUAUUCAUGUUGCCCACGCUUGGAGAAAACGCAGACAAGAACAUCAAAUAUCUUCCCAUUUACAAUGAC